AUGGGAGAUUUAUACCAAAACGCAGUGUUGACAAUAUCCGCCGGGCGAGCUUCACCGUGCUAUGAAGGCUUUCUCGAUCACGAUUUUCGACCUCAAGAUUUUGUUUCCCUGCCCUCCCCCGAGGUUGGAAACUCAGGUUCUCUGCUUAUACACGGUGGCUACGCGAACCCUAUGGUACCUGGGCUUCAGCCUUCAAACAAACGGGCUUGGACACUUCAAGAAACCUUCAUGUCUCCUCGACUAUUGAUUUUUACCGAUAUCCAAGUCUUCUGGAAGUGCCAGACCUGUUUCAAAACAGACGGAUACGCUGAGAAGAACUGGCAUGCUUGGUGUGCAUCUACUGGGUACGUAGGCGUCACUUCCAAAGAAUUAAACCCUCCAUCCAAAUCAUUUCUGAAAAGGAGUUUCUGGAAAAAGGCAGGCAAAAGUCCUGAAAAUGAGUUGCUCGUGCAAUGGAAUAGAGUGUUUAACAACUAUACUCGACGAGAACUCUCUGACGAAGAAGAUAAACUCCCCGCUAUUGCGGCUGUGGCAGAGAGGUUUUCGGAGGCUUUAGGUAGCGAGUACCGUGCUGGGCUGUGGAAAAACCACUUAAUUGUUGGUCUGGCAUGGAAAACAGUUUAUAAGCAAAACUCCCGUCCCCCAAAAUGGCGAAGCCCAACUUGGAGCUGGGCAUCCAUAGACGGAGAGGUUGCUACUACUUGGCUCGUCCCGACAGCUGAACUGCUGCAUUGUAGCACUACGCCGGCCGCUGAAUCUAUAAAGUUUGGUGCCGUCACCAGCGGAGAGCUGGUAGUGCGAGGAUUUCUAAGAAGGGUCGAGUUGAAAAAGGUGGACGACACUUGGAUAAUUGCCGGGAACAACCCCUCAAUCAAACGAGUGGUUAAUGGGUCAGGAUCAACUGGUGCACAGUUUUCCUGUGAUGUUCUAUCAGAAAUGGAGUUCUUGAGUCAGAAUUCAGAGACAAUCAUAGCCUGGUGUUUGGCUCUUGGAAAUAAAGUGGAGAGUGUGAUUCGACGCAACGCUCAGCAUAGUGUUGAGACUUCCUGCUUGGUAUUGAUAAAACUAGGUCAUUCUUCCAACUUAUAUCAACGAAUAGGGUUUUAUAGGGCUGCUAGAGUUUAUGGAGAUCAGCCGAAUUGGUUUGAGCAGGGCUAG